AUGUGGUUUAUAAGUACACAGUAUUAAAGUAUGGGAUUUGAACAAUGGCUAGUUUAAAUUUAUAUUCAAAUACUCAUUUUAAAAUGCAUUGUAUUGAACAAUAUUUCUGAGUUUAAUUCCAUUGUCACAUAUGUGACUCGAGCGAAGGAUUAUCUACAGAACGUCGACGUCAGAGCACAAACAUCAUGUUUGUGUCUAAAUAGAUGAGAUUUGUCGCGAAGAUGAGCUGAUGAAUCGGGAUUGUAUGUGACACUUUGAUAUCAAGUGUAAACUUUAUACAUCGCCAUGAAAGACUCAGUGGAAGACAAAAAGAAACGAACACCAAAACGGAAAGAAAAACGGAGACGAGCCAGCGCUGCUAUAAGUAUUGCUGCGUCGGAACAGAAUUAUGACUCUCCUUACCAAGACUCGGCGUACAAGGUCCCGAACUCCGAACGCAAACGUAGCAGUAGCAAGAUGAAUCUACACACGCCUUCUUCCAUUAUCAAGGAGAAUGGCGUUUUCGUAGACACUCUCUUCCCUUCUGAACAUCUGGUGGCUAUGAGUAUUGCCGAGAAUGAAGCGCAGAAUGAAGCGGACCAGCUUGCUUCUGUAGUGGAGGACCCUCCCUUAGAUAUCGCCACCCCUAACGAAUUUUCGCGGUCUUACGACCCUGCCGACAGAAACCAAGUCCUCGUUAAAGACCCGGAUUCAAAGGAAAUGGUUACCACAA